ACCAGGUAAAGCACAGUCCACCUCAGGCUCAGAAAGGGAAGGUGUACAGGCUGACCUCCCUCGUCCAUGGCCUGCAGACAGCCUACCCGAGCCCAAUCAAGUCUGAAGACUGUCUGAAGCCUGUCUAUUGGUCUGUCUGUCCGAUCUGAAGCUUCAACAUGGAGAGUCCAACACUUAAGGAGCAAGGGUAUCUCCCGCGCCGGUACCUCGUGGCUAUCAUGGCUUUCCUGGGCAUGAUUUGUAACUAUAUGCUUCGGAUCAACAUGAAUCUGGCAGUCGUGGCGAUGUCCGUGCAGGGCGGGGGGGACAACGGGAGUCAUGCGAGCAGCGAGGCGGAGGAGGUGUGCGGCUUUACCGACGGAGGCAAUGACCCGGGAGAUGAGGAAGGGACGUUUGAGUGGAACGAAUUCACCCAAAGUCUCAUCACUUCGUCGUUUUUCUGGGGAUAUGUAUGGACGCAGAUACCCGGGGGCAGGAUCGCAGAGCUGUUCGGGGCGAGACGCGUGUUUGGCGGCGCUCUCGUCCUCGCCAGCAUCCUCACCUUCUUCAUCCCGCUCUCCGCCCAAGACAACCCAACCUACCUCAUCAUAAACCGCGUACUCCUCGGCAUUUCGGAGGGCGCCACCUUUCCCUCCACCCACGCCCUGCUCUCCACCUGGGCUCCACCUAAGGAACGGUCCACUCUCUCCACCAUAAUCUACGCAGGUUCCCAGGCCGGUACUGUGGUGGGCUACCCCUUAACAUCGGCCCUUAUCACGUCAAUGGGCUGGGAGUCUGUCUUCUACGUGCAGGGCGUUAUGACACUCGUCUGGUGCGUCUUCUGGUUUGUCCUGGUGGCCGACUCCCCGCGGCAACACAAGACCAUAUCGGCGGCUGAGAAAGAGUAUAUCCUAGCGUCCAUUGGCGAGCAUAAGAAGAUGAAGCCGCCGCCUGUCCCCUUGAAAGCCGCCCUCACCUCCCUCCCAUUCUAUGCCAUUCUCCUUUCCAACAUGGGCAACAACUGGGGCUUCUACACCCUCCUCACCGACCUGCCGCUCUACAUGAGUAAUAUGCUGGUCACGGACAUUAAGAAGAACGCCACGCUCAGCUCCCUUCCGUACCUUGGAAUGUGGAUAUUCAGUCUCAUCAUUAGCAAGGUGGGCGACACGCUCAUACAGAAGAACAUACUCUCCACGGGGGUCGUCAGGAAGACCGCCAACACCAUAUCUCAGGUUGGUCCAGCACUGUGCCUUCUGGGCGUAACGCUGGUCAAAUGUGAUCGCACGGCCACCGUCGUGCUGUUCUUCACCGCCGCCUCGCUCCAGGGCGGAAUCUACACGGGCUUCAUGGUCAACCAUAUCGACAUCGCCCCAAACUUCGCCGGAACUCUCUUCGGCAUAACCAACGCCUUCAGCACCAUACCCAGCUGGGUCGCGCCAAUGACCGUCGGGGCGCUCACCAACAACAGGCAAACGUUCGAACAGUGGGACAAGGUUUUCUACAUCGCGGCGGCAAUCUUCAUCGCCAACGCUGUCUUUUACCUCAUCUUCGCUUCGGGGGAGGUGCAGCCUUGGAACGACCAGGAGACAGAGGAGGAGCGCAGGAGCAAGGAGCAGCAGCGGGCCGUCAGCAUAGUCACCCAAGCCAAGGAGCAGGUGGCUAUGGGGGGCGUGCGGGGGGCUGACAACCCUGGGUACGAUAACGCCUAUGAUGUUUAUGUGGUUACGCCCCAGACCAAGGAUUAUAUAUAUGGGAAUCCGGCUUAUCGACAAAAGUGAACACGUGUCUUGAUGUGUUCCCAUAAACUCAUCUAUAAUACCUCUAUAACGUGUCUGAAACCUCUACGUAAGACUCUACAUAAGCCCCAUGCGUAGGGUUAUACGUAUUGGAAUCCUGCUUACGGGUGACUGAAAAACUACCUUGAUAUGUUCCCCUAAACCUCAUCUACAAUGCCUCUAUAACGCAUCUGAAACCUCUAUGUAAUGCCCCUUAUAAGCCCACACCAAGGAUUAUACGUAUGUGAAUUCUACUAAUUGGUGACUCUGAAAAAAUGUCUUGAUUGAUGGCUAUGUGUGUGUGUGUGUGUGUGUGUGUGUGUGUAUUCUAUUUACAGAGCUACAUAUUUAUUUCACUUGUAUAAUAGUGAUAAUGUACCUUUUUUAACAGUAAUAUAAUAAGUUUUGCUC